AUGGAGGAGAAGCAGAGAGUGAAACAGCAAAGCAAUCAGUUCAAUAAUCAAAACCCUCCCCUGGAACAUCUUCAAAGACAGCAGGUGUGCAUGUCCCCUCAAAAUGAGAACUUGCAGUAUAUGUACCACCUAAUAGAAACGUUAAGAAACCAACUGAUUGAGAACAGGGAUCAGAAAAACAGCAUUCUGAAAAGCAUAGGUACCUUGUCAACAAGACUGGAACGAGAUCCAGAAAGGAAAAGAGAGAGCAAUGAGAAAGAUAUAAUCAUUUUCAAGGAGUUUCUGGCCAGGAAUAAAACAGGGCAGGGAAGCCAGCCGAUACCGAAGUGCGAGGAGGAUCGUACCAAGUAUCUGGCUUUGCAGAAUAAACAUUUACGAGAGCUACUAGGGAAGAAGACUUUGGAAACGGAAGCUUCUCUGCAACUACUGAACCAUCAUGAAAGCAUGUUUGCUGAGGUUGUCAAGCAUCUUCGUGAAGAUAUUGCAAACUUUCAUUCAAUGGUGCGAUUGCAAGUAAAAAGUGGGAUAGGGAAUAAACUUUUACCCUUAGAGGAUGAGGAAUUCAAGAUUUAUUUAGAGAAUACUGAAGACUUACAAAAACUCUUUGAGCUUUCAAAACUUUACCGAGCUCUUCUGAAACUACUUUAG